CCCACAGGCCUCGCAGUCGCCGCGGACGCCGUUCUUGCGCAUGGAGUCGCCAUUUUGCUCCUAGAGAAGCCGUCUGGAGAGCCGGCGCUUUCUUCCUUCGGCAGCCGAGGCUGCGGCGGGGCCGGGGCUGGGGUCGGGGCCAGGAGGACUUUUGUUGUCAGAGAAUAAAAGGAGGUUGUCCAUAAUUGGCUUUAAGCAGCAAAACAGUAAAACACUGAGCUCUUCAGCUCCACCUUUCUUGCUCUGAGAAUUGGAAAACCAAGAAGGUUUUGAUGUUUUGUGUGGCGCCACCUGAAUUAGAAACCAAGAUGAACAUAACCAAAGGAGGUCUGGUGUUGUUUUCAGCAAAUUCUAAUUCAUCGUGUAUGGAGCUCUCAAAGAAGAUUGCCGAGCGGCUGGGGGUGGAGAUGGGCAAAGUGCAGGUUUACCAGGAACCUAACAGAGAAACAAGAGUACAGAUUCAAGAAUCCGUGAGGGGAAAGGAUGUUUUCAUCAUCCAAACUGUCUCAAAGGACGUGAACACCACCAUCAUGGAGCUCCUGAUCAUGGUGUACGCAUGUAAGACCUCUUGUGCCAAAAGCAUUAUCGGCGUGAUACCCUACUUUCCUUACAGCAAACAGUGCAAGAUGAGAAAAAGAGGCUCCAUUGUUUCUAAAUUGCUGGCUUCGAUGAUGUGCAAAGCUGGUCUAACUCAUCUCAUUACUAUGGAUUUACACCAGAAGGAAAUUCAGGGCUUCUUCAAUAUUCCUGUUGAUAAUUUAAGAGCUUCUCCCUUCUUACUGCAGUAUAUUCAAGAAGAGAUCCCGGAUUACAGGAAUGCGGUGAUCGUGGCCAAAUCUCCAGCCUCGGCCAAGAGGGCACAGUCUUUCGCUGAGCGCCUGCGCCUGGGAAUCGCGGUGAUUCACGGAGAAGCACAGGACGCCGAGUCCGACCUGGUGGAUGGACGGCACUCCCCGCCCAUGGUCAGGAGCGUAGCUGCCAUCCACCCCAGCCUGGAGAUCCCCAUGCUGAUUCCUAAAGAAAAGCCCCCAAUCACAGUUGUUGGCGAUGUUGGAGGAAGGAUUGCCAUCAUUGUGGAUGACAUCAUCGACGACGUGGACAGCUUCCUUGCCGCAGCAGAGACCCUGAAGGAAAGGGGCGCAUAUAAGAUCUUUGUGAUGGCGACUCACGGCUUGUUGUCAUCAGAUGCUCCCCGGCUGAUUGAAGAGUCCGCCAUCGACGAGGCCAUGAUAAUUUAUGUGACUCUUCAUGUUUCCAUUUUUGCCUCAUGUGCCAGGAAUAUCAGCUACAAAAGGAAGUCACAAUCAGAUGAGGCUAGGUUUUCAUGUCCCUGCUGCUGGUUCUGAAUAAUUCCUGACUGUCCACCUCUGUUUCAACAGUCUCCUUGUGUAUGUGCAUCUUUAUUAUAAGAGGUCUUGACGCUUAUUUCAGAAGUAGGGAGUAUAGAGUAUAAAUAUAAUUAACAAAUCAUUCCCAUCCCUGUUUUUUUUAGGACGGCUAUUUUUUUUUUCCAUUUGUAGCUGUUGGAAAGUGCUUCUUUGUCUUUCUUUUUUACCAAAUCUUAAUUUUAAGAAAAACAGCUUUAUUGAGAUAUAAUUCACCCAUUUAAAGUAUAACAUUCACUGGUUUUUAGUGUAUUCACAGAAUUGUGCACCCACCAUUCUCCUCCCCCCAGAAAGGAGCCCCGAUUCUCAUUAACAGUGCACCCCUCUCCCCAUUUCUUCUCAGUCCACUCAGCCUUAGGCAUCCACUAAUCUUUCUGUUUCUAUAAAUUUACCGAAUCUGGGCAUUUCAUAUAAAUAAAAUCCUGUGAUGUGGAACAUUUUGUGUCUGGCUUCUUUCACUUAGUGUGCGGUUUUGAAAGUUCAUCCUUGCCGGAGCAGGGUAUCCAUACUUCAUUCUUACUUGUUGCUGAAUAUUUCAUCAAAUGGAUAUGCCACAUUUUGAUUUUUCAUUCAUAAGGUUAUGGAAAUUUGGGUCGUUUCCACUUUUUGACUCUUGUAAAUAAUAGUGUUUUAAACAUUUAUGUGCAAGUGUUUGAGUGGAGAUAUGUUUUCAUUUCUCUUGGGAUCUGUGGCCACUCUAUGUUUAACCUUUUGAGGAACCUCCAGACUGUUUUCCAGAGUAGCCAAAUCAUUUUUCACUCCUCUUGCCAGCAGCGUCUGAGGGUUCCAGUUUCCCCACAUCCUCACUGGUAGUUCUUAUUCUCUGUCUUUUUGCCUGCAGCUGUCUUAGUGGGUGUCAGGGUAUCAGACCUUGACCUAAGAGACACAAGUAGUGGGGGCGCCUGGGUGGCUCAGUCGGUUAAGCGUCCGACUCUUGGUUUCAGCUCAGGUUGUGAGAUUGAGCCCCACACUGGGCUCCAUGCUCAGCAUAGACUCUGCUUAAGACUCUCUCCCUCUGCCCCUUCCCUCUGCACUCGCUCACUCUCUCUAAAAUAAAUAAAUCUUUUUUUUAAUAAAAGAAAUGAGUAGUGUUCACAUUGACUGAAAACAUACGGUAGACUCACUCUCCUGUCAAGUAGAACCACAGAAAUUUGAGAAUAUAUCGAAUUUUCAGAUCCAGACAGGAAGCUACCUGGUUCUCUGAUGCUGUUGGAUUUCUUUCCUCUUGAU